GUUGACAUUAGACAUGUGCCAACAAAUUGAUAUUUAAUUCACUAAACUACAAACUUUGAGAUUUACUUAAAAUAUCACUAUAAAUACUAUAAUUUUUAACAGUUUAAUGAUCAAAAUUUCCGAAAAAUACUGUUAAAUUAUUUGGAUGAAACAAGCAUGAAUGAUUUACUUGGUCAAGGAUUAAGUCACAUGUAGAUAUGAAAGUCAUGCGGUUACUUAUACAAUGGAUUAAUGUUUACCUACUAUUAGGCGUUCUUUGUGAAGCUGUCGAAGUUAUUCAUCCACCAACAUUUAUCAGGACACCGCAAUCUGAAAUUUAUAUUAAUCCUGAAGAACCAGUUUUGCUUCCCUGUUAUGCAAAAGCAAAUCCAGAACCCAGGUAUUACUGGACACUGAACGGGGAACGUGUUAGUUGGAUUAAGCCAUACAAGUCAGUAUUGCCGCAUUCCAUUCGUAUUACUUCUCCUACAGAUGAAGCAAAAGUACUCGACUUGCAUUCCAAUCACUCACACAUUCCAUACUUAUCAGAUGAAUCAGGUCUGUGGUAUUUUGAUAUGCAAAAGUUUUCAAGUGAUCCCAAGCCAGGAGUAUACCAGUGUGUUGCUGUAAAUUCAUUUGGCAGGGCUUUGUCAUUACCAGUAAAAUUGGAAAUAGCACGUCUUGGAACAUUUGAUAGCCCGUAUCCAAGAUCUGUUCAUAUUAAACCAAAUGAGACGAAAAUACUGAAUUGUUCCGUAUCCAAAAGUAUACCAAACGCAAAAGUUCAAUGGAUGAUAAAAGAUGAAGAUGGACUAGAGAAUUUUGUUCAUGAAGAUCAUAAUCAUGUAACAGAUGAUAAUGGCAACUUAUACUUGAUCAAUCUGAACUGGAUGUUAAAUAAACAUCUUAUCUAUACAUGCGUGGUUAACAGUCCGAUUUUACGGACAAUGAAAACUGGUCCGGAUAUAAACGUAUUUUAUUCAAAUUCACUUCCAUUAUUCAACGAUUUUCUAAGUUCCAAAAAGCCAGAAAAGUCAAAAAUUCUCUUCCAUUCAGAAGAAAAGCAAACCGGUCUUGUUAAUGAAUCACUGUCGAUUAAAUGUAUUAUCUACGGGAGUCCUUUGCCACAAGUUCUCUGGGAAUUCAUGGAAUCAACAAACUCAGGUGUAGUAAAUAAUCAAGAGUUUAGAAAUAUUAAACUGCUUCCUGAGAAGUAUGGAAUAAAACUGAAAAAUCAUGGUACAGAAUUAUACAUUCCAAGCGUUAAAACUAUUAAUCGUGGCAGUUAUCGGUGCAGUGCAAUGAGUUCAAGUUAUACAGCACCAGCUAUGGAUAAUCCUCAAGUUAUAUUUGAUGUAGAUGUUGAAAGUAAACCUCAUUUUGCUGACUACCCCAAGAAUACAGUUGUACCCGAGAAUGGUAGUAUUUCACUGCGAUGCAGUGUUGAUGAAGAGAUUACCAAGCCAUCAGCAACAAUAACUUGGCUGGUAAACGGUGAACCAGUUGAAAGGUAUUUGGAUGGCUUACGUAAAGUUGGUCGGAAUAAUAUACUAUUUCUGUACAACCUAACAGUUCACGAUUCAGCAGUAUUUCAAUGUGUCCUACGAAAUAUCCAUGGUUGGAAUAUUGUCAAUGCUUAUAUUCAUGUGUGGAAUCAACCACCUGCCUUUGUAAAUGUUAUUGAAGGCAUAAAGUAUAUUUCUGAAGGUCAUCAAGUUAUACUACCAUGUGAAACAUUUGGUGCACCUGAAGCUGAAAUUAACUGGUUCCUAAAUGGAAAAGACCUUGAUUCACUUGAUAAUAUAAAGGGAGAUUACGUAAUAGAAAACGGAAAUUUAAAUCUUCCUCGUGCAAAAUUAUCACACAUUGGCGAAUACACUUGUCAAGCAUCAAAUGUAUUUGGUACUUCAAAAUCAUCUGGAAAGUUGUUAGUUAGAAAACAAACGCGUAUUAUAUCUGGCCCAUUAUCUGAACAGGUUUUCAAUGAAAAAAACAAUAAAAGAAUAAAAGUGAAAUAUCUUACUGAAGGAUCAAUAGUUUAUUUUUCUUGUGAAGCUGAAACAGAUCCAUUACAUAAAUCACAGCUUAAACUAUCAUGGAGAAAAGAUAAUAUAACACUGGAUGACACUUAUCGCAAUGAUAAACGUUUCAAUUUAUCAUCGGAUGGAAAAAGUCUAAUGAUUAUUAAAUUAAACCCAAGUGAUACUGGGAUCUAUAUGUGUGUGGCGAGUACACAGUUGGAUAACGCAAAUUCAUCUAUUUAUCUCAUAAUUCAAGGUCGUCCUACACCUCCAAAAUAUCUGAAGCUUAGUUGUGAACGUCGUAGUAGAUUAGCACCAUAUGCUAUGUUAACAUGGCAAAUUGGUGAAACAAAUAAUGCUGCCAUUGAAAAAGUUUUGAUUACCUAUGUAGCAGGUUUCUAUCGUCCUCUGGAGGCCAGUUCAUUUUCAGAACAGAGUCAUAUUGAACCACUGUUCAGUGAAGGUCAUCAGAGAGAUAAGUUUAAACAACUUAUCAAGAGUAAUAACACAGACGAUAAUCAGCUUUAUUGGCUCAAUAAAAGUUCACUGGAAGUAGCUCAGAUGAUUAUUAAAGAAGCUGUUCUUAAAGACCAAUGGCAUUUGGCUGAUCUUGUGCCGGAAUCAGAAAUCAUUGAACACAUUAGACCAAUCAACCGAUCAAUAUCGAAGAUAGAUAAUACAGUGAAUCUACCAAAACUACCUUCUGAAAUUGGACGAGCUUUUGUACGUCUGAAUGCAGAUGUUUUUUAUCAUUUUCGUGUUGAAUUACUAAAUCAUAUUGGGAAAUCUUUACCUAGUGAAAUUAUUCCAUCUCUAUCAGAUAAUCGAAAUGUUAUGUGUAUUCUUCCACCAACGCCAACAUCAAGUAAUCCGGAUUAUCUUGUAGUCUAUGGAAAUGAACCGAAUAAUUUAAUAAUCCAGUGGAAGCCUCUUGAUCCAAUUCAGCAUAAUGGUCCAGGUCUAGUAUAUCGCUUGACAGUGAAUUGCUUAGACUGUAUCAUUGGUCCGCCAAAAGAUGUUGAAAAUGUUACAAUUGUAAGAAAUUGGUCCAAAGACAAAUUAGAGUUAACUGAUAUAAUAACACCUCAAGUACUUUCAAUGAAUAUUAAAAACAAAACAAGUAAAUGGAGUAUAGAAACCUUUCGUACGUAUCAGGUAACAUUACAAGCUGAGAAUUAUUUAGGUUCAUAUGGUAUAAAGCCACUAGUGUUCACUGGACGUUCAGGUGAAGAUGUUCCUCAAUUAUCACCGAAUCAACUAAAAGUUUUACAAGUUGGCUCAAAUAAUAUUCGUCUUAGUUGGAAAAUUAUCAAAGAAGCUGAUUUGGUCACAAAAAUUAACGGAAUAUUCCAAGGAUUUCGAGUUGAAUGGUGUGAUGCCGAAUUGUCAAGUGAUUCAUGUGAAUUUUAUAAAAAUUUUCAGGAUUAUAUUGUUGAACACCCACCAUUGUGGUCACUUCCAGGUUUACGUCGGAAGUCCACAACUUCAAUAAAGAUACCAGUAGACAAAAAUAAUGAUAAUGAAGUCAUGAAUUUAUCUAAGAUUUCUUCCAUGUCUGAACAGAAACAAACUGAUACACUUGCAAAUAUUAAAUUCGAAGAUGGUGUAUACAAGGCUUAUUUAAAUGAAUUACCGGGUAAAUCAAAAUUAAAAAUCUGGGUUCGUAUACUUAACAUCCAGUAUGCUGGACCAGAGAGUGAUACAGUAAUUGUUGAAACUAAAGAAGGUGUCCCAGGAAAAGUAUCUGAGUUCACUAUCACUUUUAUUGGUGUCAAUCAUAUUGAAGUGUCUUGGAUUAAACCAAUGAUAUUGAAUGGUUUUUUAACUUCGUAUGAUUUAGAAAUUUAUUUGAACAACUUUACAAACAAUGGACAAGUAUUUUCGAAAGGCUUAAAAAUCGUUUCAUCAAUAACUAUUGAAGAUCCUGAACAGUGUGCUACUCGAAUAUCAGGUUUAAAGAUGAAUACAAAUUAUUCCUUGUAUAUUUGGGCUAAAACAGCCAUGGGACGUGGUGAACCGACUUUUGUGAACUUUCGUACAGCAACUUUUAGUCAAGACUUUAGUUUCAUUCCAUUUAAGAUUAAUUCUGUUCAAAAUCAUGAAAAUUCAAUAAAUUUAACUCUCAUUACACCGUUAUCAUCAUUAUCACAAUCAUCAACAUUAUCAUCUUCUUCAGUGUAUGAUUUGAACGAUUCAGUGUAUACCACUAAUGAUAGUAUAGAUUCUAUAAUGCCUUUAUUCAGAAAUAAACCAGACUUUAAUGAUUUCAAUUCAAAGGGAAAUCGAAAAUUUUCAAUAUUCAGUCAACGUAGAUAUCAAACAAUGUUUUAUGUACAAUUUCGACAAUUAGGUACUGAGAUUUGGGAAGAAACACAAAAAGAAAUUCAUAAUUCAUGGGUUGUUUUAAGUAACCUAGAACAAGGUUGUCAAUAUGAAGUUCGAAUAGUGUGCGUUUCAGAGAAUGGUCGGUCAACUGUUAGUGGUUCAAAAAUUGUAAAUAUACCACUUUCAAACAGUUUAAUGAUGAUAAACAAAUGGAAAAUAUUAUCUAAACAUAAUCAAAAAUUAAUAAUUGUCAGUGUAUUAUGCGGUUUAUUCUUAAUAUUCAGCCUUGUUGGAGGUUUCUGUUUACUUGUUUGUUGGUUUAGGCAUAAACCAAAUUCCAAUCUGGUGAGAGAUAAUUACACACCAGAGAGUAUACAUAAACGGACAGAAUCAGUUCGUCGUCAUUAUCCUGACCAUCACCAGCAACAACAUCAUCAAUAUGAACCACCUAUAGAACAAUAUCCAGAGCCACAUAUGAAUUGGACACUGGAUGAAGAGAUGACAUUAAACAAUAUUGACUAUUUAACAUAUAACUUAAUAAAUGCUAGUAAUAAUAGCAGCUUUAAUACGACAGCAUAUCAACUGGGUUCGUGUGUAUGCGAAUCAGGUAUACCUCAUAAUAAUAAUAAUGAUAAUAAUAAUACCUCCACUACUAUUACUACUAAUAGUAAUAUAAAUAAGUCUAUCCCAUUGAUUCAUGGGGCAUAUAUAACAGAUUGUGAUCCACUUGUAAACAAUUGUAUUACAUUUUUGAAGUUACCACAAUCUCAGACGAAUUCAUUGACAACAGAAGAGAAUUUUCCUAAUUCUUUAGUGAAUCUCGAUAAUCCUAAUCAUUAUUAUAAUAAUAGUGUAAUUAACCAUAACAAUAAUAAUAAUAAUAUUGAUAAUAAUACAAUUCGACAGACUUAUAUAGGCAGUUUGUUAAAUAGAAUUUGAAUACCGGUCUAAUUUUCUACUAAUUGUAUUAUUUACUUUUGGCGCCUUUCAUUCUUUACUGAAUGACCCCAUCAUUAUAAUGAAGUGUAGGCGAAAGAUGUAAACUAUUUUCACCAUUUUAUACUUUUUUGAAUUUAGAUUUUAU